GGCGAACGGCGCAGUGAAAGUGGCGGAGGGGCAAACAAAGAAGCGAGCGAGCGAUACAGCGACAGUUGCGAAAUGAACGCCAGGGACGGCGGAGCUGCGCCGAAAUAGAUCGCGGAUCUAAACAAUCAUAUGAAAUGCCAUCGCUUCUAGAGGCCUUAGACAAAAAGUAUGGGAAGGAGGAAGAUGACACUUUGGACCUGGACGUACCCAUAGCAAUCUACGUUCCGAAGAAAGGACCCAGAAGGUGUAUCCCGUCCCUGUUGGUGCUAAACGACUGUGAUAUUGAAUCAGCCGGAGAUGAAGACCAGCUUGGACUCAAAUGUCAUGGUGUAGAGGAGUUAGACUUGGCUCAAAACAGGCUGUCCAGAUGGAGAGAGAUCUUUGGCAUACUGCGCCAGAUGCCACGCAUCAGAUUUGUCAACUUGAGUUUCAACGACCUCCGAGAGGACCUUAUGUUCCUGGACAACAAUAAUUCUUUCCGCUUUCUUCGGAACCUGGUGCUGAACGGCACGCGGAUUGACUGGAAGAGCGUCCGCAGCCUGCUGAAGAUUCUUCCCAGUCUGGAAGAGCUGCACCUGAGUUUGAACGAGUACAGCCACGUCGACCUGGAAGCCACCUCUCCAGUCGGCAGCAGCAACGGCAGCGCCAGUGUCGACAACCGAGAAGACCGACUGCAGCAACAGGACAGUAGCUCGCACCCUCACCCGGACCCGCAGGUGGUGCUGCGUGGCGACGUGCCGGCACCCAGUGAUGAUGCGCCCUGCCUGCCGCCACACUACCAGUUCACCGGUGUCCGGAGGCUCCAUUUCACGGGGAACCCCAUCACACAAUGGUCGGAAGUGGCGAAGCUGGGACGCGCGUUCCCGCAGCUCGAAUCCCUCGUGUUGGCAGACUGCCCACUAGAGUCGCUCGACACGGGGACAGCAAACUUCGGUUCAGACAGCGGCUCAUCAGAGGAGAGCGAAUGCGAAUCGUGUGGCAGCAAAGUUGGAGUGGGUGAACAGCCACACACCUUUUUCCGGCAGCUGCGCUUCCUCAACCUGACGGGCACGCACCUUCGCUCGUGGCGUGACAUUGACCGGGUCAGCCGGUUCCCCCAGCUUCAGUCCCUCCGCAUUUCUGGCUGCCCACUGUUCGAGGACUACACGGAACAUGAGCGGCGGCAGCUGCUCAUCGCCCGGUUACCAAAUGUCCAGACGCUGAACGGUGGAGGAGUCAUCAGCUACGAGGAGAGAGAAGACUCUGAACGGGCAUUCAUCCGUUACUACAUGGACAAGCCCGAAGCAGACAGACCUGAACGGUACAAUGACUUAGUAGCAGUCCAUGGGAAACUUGACCCUCUUGUCCAAAUUGAUCUCAGUCCAGAGAAAAAAGUGAAGGUGCGAGUGACCCACGGCGAGAGCAGCGAGGUGCGCAGCAUGCUGGUCACCCAGACGGUGUGCGAGCUCAAGCAAAAGCUCACCUCCUUCUGCGGGUUGACGCCGGGCCGCAUGCGGCUCUUCUACAUCGACCAAGACAUUGGCACCCCUGAGGAGAUGAUCUACCCCAAUAAGCGGUUGUACUCCUACAAUAUCAGGUCAGGGGAUGAGAUACUCAUUGAUGCCAAACUGCAGAUGCAGCUCAGCAAAUAGGGCUAUGAAGCAGCUCACACCUUUUCCGGCGAUCUUCCAGUCUCCCAGGAGGUCACGCUCCGGGGCUCACACGGUCCGUGUUCAGAGCUCCCGUGCUGUCCCUCGGGCAUCGGCUUGUUCGCGUUUGAUUGUUUAUAUUCUGUGAGCAUAUAAUGAAUGGCUGUGGGUACUGAAAGGUUACAAUACUAGGUUACUUAAAGGGUGCAGGUCACCGAUGUAAACUACAGUGGAGACCCAGCCUGUGGGCACAUACAUAAAACAUGUAGCAUUGCUUUGGUGUCACUCUGUCCUCUGUGGGCUGUGCAGCACUUCUGCUUCAGUAUGCUGUCAGCAUUUUGUUACCUCCUGAAAAAUAUGAUCUCAGACAGGAAUCCAGUCAUACAGUAUGUGAAAAAGUGAGAAUUAAUGGACUAUAUUAGUUCUUUGGCAUCGCCAGAGGCAACAAUAGAGACUUUUCCUGUGUUCACAUGUACGAGAUAAGUCUAACCAAAGUAAUGGAUAUAUGAGCAAAGAUGGAAAUCACUUGUACAACUUGAGCUUUGUUCUUAAUUCCCUGAGUGGAUGGCAAAAAGUGUAGCUACAUUGAUCAUCAUCUCCUGUAUCAGGAUUGGUUUAGUUUGGCCCACUCAGGACAUUUUACAUAAAGUAACAAAGCUUUGGUAGAUGUUUUGGAAAAAAUACAGUGUCUCCAACAGUAGAUGCAUAGUUUGCCACAAUCAUACUGUGGGUGUUUCCAUUUACGGAGGAUGUUCUUGUAGAAAUGACCAACUAUUUGGAAGAUGACAGAAUAGGAAUUUGAAGCUAAAAAGUUCAUAUAGACAUAUGUUCUAUUCGGAAUGGUUACACAGAUAUUUUUAUUUAUUUAUACCUGUAGGUGCAAUUGAAGACUUGAAAUAAAAAAGACUCUAAGGGCUGAAAUCAUGAAUUUGAGGAAAAUGAAUUUUAUGUAUGCUCACUAAUGUUCAUUUAAUUGCAGUGUUAAUGUGUUUUAUAUGAAAGUUAAGCAUAGUAUGAUUCUAGUUUCCAAAAGAAAUUACAAACAUUAUAAUGUAAUUGUAUAAAAAACUGACUGAAUGUGGAAAUGCCAUGGAGAGCUCUGAGUGCACUAGUUCGAUACUCAGCAGAAAGCUAGUAAAGAGGACAAACAACUGAAACAAAAAUGUUCUUUGUUCAUACACUAAACGUUCAUUCUGCAAUACUUUUGUAAAACUGUCUGUGGUUAUUAUUUGUCAGGUACUAUGUCAUUUCAGCCAAAUUUUUCAUUUUUCUUCAGAGACAUGGCUUGUAACAUCCAAAGCAAAUAGUUGAAUUUCCUUCUUGUGCACUCGUUUACAUUUGGUUUCAACUAUAUGAGGCUUAUGUUUGUCCAGCCAUAACCACUGUACUUUGGAAAUGUUUAGUUUUGCUGUUUUAUAUUACAGUCUGCUGCUUUCUUGAACUUUAUUAAGUCAGAUGCAUUCGUGUUACUGACCAUAAAUGGCUUUAUUUGUCUUUAUUACUGUGUUGUGUACUUUACAUCUUCUGGAACAAUACAUUUAGUACCUAUUUUUCUUUUCCACUAAGAAGUGACAUGAUACUUAUGGUUUAUUUCUUCACAAACACUGAUUAUAACUAGAUAUAUCCAGAGAAAGAGAACAUGCAGCAAUUUCAUUAGCACUAUGCCCUGUCAAACCCUUGUGCCACAGAGUCAUGUAUACAUCAUCGUUAUCAGUAAUUUGCACACCAAAGUUGUGCAUGAGGUAAAACAUUUGACUAUGUGUCAAAGAUGGAACGAAUAGCUCUUUGUUGCAAAUCAAUUGAUGUUGUACAAAUUACACUACUAGGUUUCUCAGAUUUGUUCUGUUUCAUCGUAGUCAUAGCAUUUUUGGCUGUGUAUUGAUGUAACUCCAGAUAAGCUGUCAGUUCUUUUCCUCAUGAGGGUUAAUGAGAAUCUGUGCAUGUAACUGGUGACACUUGCCACACAUGUCUGAACAAGGAUGAUGAAAAAGGAGCUUAGGGAAAUGUUUCCUAAAAGUAUCUUAACAAAAAUGUUAUGUGAUGUGUGAAUCAUGGUUGGUGUUCUUGAAGGCACUCAACAUUUGAUGUACAGUGAGAUCAGGACAUAGAUAUUCCUUUUCAGUUUUGCAUCUGCUGUAAUGGCUUUGCUCUCGUGGAAAAGAUUGUAUAUUCUGAAACAGUUGAUAUUCUGUUUCGACACAGAAUUUUCUGUGUUGUGUCUUAUUGCCUCUUGUAAGUGGUAAGGCUUUUAUUCUUCUUUUCAGUUAGUACCCAGAUUUUCUUCUUAGUUAACGAAAAUGUUUCAGCUAACGUUCCUCUGCCUACUUGGACUAAGUGACCUUGCGAAUGUGGAACAGUUUAAUGAACAGUUGCUGUUUCCCACUCUGUGAAGGGUCGUCGUAGGUACCAUCAUGUCUUCUCUUAACAUGAUACUUGCAUCAACCUCUUCAAGUAACUCCCCUGCCUUUCAGUAUCUUCCAGGGCAUAAAAAUCUUCAAACAGACUAACUUAGUGUUCACAGCUGAGGUUCUCGCAUUUAUACAUGCAUGCUCAAAGAGGAGAGCCCUGUGAACUACACCUCACAACCCCUGUUUUUUUUCCCCUCAAUCAACAUAAUUUAGUUAGACCUUAUUGUUGCAAGAACAAGAACAAAAAUUUUGUCCAGGUACAGUGCAGGUUAGUGAACAGUAAUGAGACUUAACCUCCUCCGCCAGAUGAGCUUUUAAAGGAAUACAUUUAUUAUUCCCUCCAUUUUUCAGCUUUUUCCUCAUUGCAGUCACAGUACCUCGUCUUGUAAUUAAUCAUAUCUUUCCACUGAAAACAUUACAAACCUCUUCUAUUUUAUCUAACAGGGAGGAGUAAGCGCCUGGAACAUAGUGCCAUUCGCAUUUUAACAACAGUGGCUGUUAAACCUCAUGCCAUCUGUUGAUUGUUUUGGUACAUUUUCAUCAUGGCAUAUAGAUCCCAUUUUACACAAAGCUUCAAAAUUCUUUAUUAUGGUACUUGGAGCCUUUUUUUAUUUCAAGUCUUCAAUUGGGAUGUUAUCCCAGUGGCAACAUUAACAUUUAACUUAUAGAGUGGCACAAACAGUAUUUCGCUUACCACAUGGCACAAAUGAGAGAGACAUUUAUUUGGAUUCUUUGUGUUGCCAUGUGUGCACUUCUUUGCAUUGGCAGUAAUUUUGAAUAAUUCUGUAAUAAUAACUGAAAGUCACAAGCAACCCAUUGUUAUCAAUAUUGAUUUUAAUUUUUUAAAACAAAAUAUGUACAUAAAUUUUAAUCUACAGAUUUUUCUAGCACUUUUCAACACGGUCUCCAUUUUUUCAUAUACAAUUUUUGCACUGUCCAGAAAAUUCCCUUGUGGUAAAGUUGUUUUGCAUGCCAGUAGACAGUGAUUAAUUUUAGCAGUCCUUCCACUGCUGUUCUUCAAGAUGGUACCUGCCUCCUUAACUGAGUUUGUUAAUGAGUGGCUGAGUGGUACUUGACUCUGAGGUUAGCCAGUUUGAGUCCUGGCAGUGGGUCAUAUAUUCAUUGUCAGGAUUUAGCUGGCGAAGGGAGUAAAGGUGGUGGUGUACAGUUCCUGCUCGCCGGUCUUUGCACUGACGUCACAGAUUAAAUUCCAGACCUCUCCACACUGUCUCUCAUCAAGUGAGGGCAUGUGACACUGUCGAUGGUGAUCUGUUCGUCAGGUGGCUAUGUUAUGCUUGGUUGCCUCCACGGUGCUGUUGAAGGGGAGUAGUCUGUGUGUCAGCAUUGGGCUUCACACUAUAUGCUCACAUACAGUUACACAUGCGACAAUACUACAUAUUCUCAAAGGAGGAGGCCAUUGUCCACAACAAGAGCUCUAUCCAAGACAGCAUCCGAACCUACCCCUUCAGGUCUCCUGGAUGAGCAUACCAACAACUUUACUUUUAAAAUGGUAAUCAGAGAGUGUGACUGUGCCCUUCCUGUGAGGUAUACUGAAUAAGACGCCUAUCCCAACCUUCUUCUUAAACACACUUACUUUGAAAUUACAUAUCACACCACUGACUUGAGGGUUAGAGCUCUGUAACACCUAUCUGUUAUUGUUCGCCACUAUCUCCAUUACACAUGUGAAAUAAGGGAAGUAGGUGCUUUUGUUACUAAAUGAUUUUUACUGAUGGGCCAAUCAAAAUAGAUUUAAAAAUCAACACUAUUUACUUAGAAGAACAGUGGCUUCCUAAAAUGGUACAUAAGAAGAAAGCACUUCAUCAGCUACCCUUGUGCCUGGCACCAAAGCAGACAGACCCAAACCAAUGCAAAUAAUCCCUGGCAUGUGUCCAGUUGGCAUAAAUUUUUGUAUCUUGGGAGCCCUGGACAAAUUAAGGUACUGCUAACUACAAUCUAGAUUCUCCCACACGGUUCUUAUAUAUUAAUUCACGACUCGUAAAACCUCACCAAAUAUUGAGCACAUUCACCAGAAAAUAUUUUUUUGCAGUCCAGCAGCUAUCACCGAUUUAAGUACUAUCGUCAGAAAGAGGCAAACAGUAAGUGGUAGCUCGUCAAAGACUUGUGGGUUAAGACAAGUUAUGAAGCAGUGUGGACUGAGGGCUGGUAUUACAUCAGUUGCUGAAAUUCUUCACUGACAGUGCUGUCGGUGUAAUACGUUGUGAUAGAACUCCAGAAUAGUAUAGCAGCUUCCCUAGGGCUCAUGAAACUAGCUCCAAAAUAACUAGCAGCUUUGUAUUUUUUCUGCUGAGCACUCCUAUACAGAGACUUCUGUCGAGUGCCCCAUCACAGUGCCUUCUUCCUUAAAGACCAGAAGCGAUGAGCAAUUACUAUUUAGAAUAAAUCUUUGUCUCUAAGUACUUGUGGAGCGUAAUAAAUUUCAUUCAUGCACUUUGCCAUGCCUCCUCCUUUGCAACUCUUCUACUUCUAAAAUGUAAAAGUGUCCAAUGAAAGAAGUAUCCUCACAGGAGAACUGUGCCAUGAACUUAAGGAUUCAGCAGAAGUAUUAAUGUGCAAGUAUUCUGUAAGACAUAAGGUGUGGAACCCAACCUGUAAUGUCAGCCAGAAACCUCACCACAUUCACCUCCAGUGAGAAGUGCCAUAAUGUCAGCUGUGUUGGCUCUCAAUGCCCCUGUUCAUAUCAGGGUGGUUGUUAUCAUAGUGGAGGAUUAUCUACCCCUCAGGGCAUAUAUUGUGAAAUGCAUGGCAGAGCUUCAAAGAAAAUUGAUCAGAUACGGCCCUCCGCAUCCCAGAAAACUGUGGCCCAUAGGUUUCUCAGUGGCAAAUCCAAAUUCAAAACUCUGACAUUUAAUUUCAGGCUCGUGAAUAAGGAAGCAGCUUUCAUUGCCUGUCAUCAUAGCUGUCAAGAAAUCAUCCCUUUCAUUUCAAAGUCUCUGAAGAAGGCUUUGGAUGUGAUUGUUAUUUGAAUUUUGUGGUCUUUAAACAUAAAUUACUAAUUUUUUAUUACUCGAGUUUUGAAUCGCUUUCUGCAUUAUACUGUCAUACUGCAAGUUGAUUCGCAGUAACACACCUGUCUUCUCCAGUGAACUCACUCUUUCCUCACUGCGUACUGUGGAGGCGGCGCAAAGGAUACUUGAGUUUACACCUUCUGAUAUUGUCAGCACCUCUGCAUACAUCUCCUUACGCAAAUGGAAGUCUGUGAUGAGUUUCAUAAACACGUUUUCCUUCGAGGAACACGUCUCAAGGAAUUCGGUGAUAGCAUACUGUUAAAACAAAUCAUCAAUGUUGUUCAUUCUGAAAUUACAGCCUGUGAUCUCGCAAUAUAAGUUAUGAUGCCAGAAUGUGCCAACACAUAGCAUAAAGUCCGUAGAUUAUGAUAAUGAAGUCUCUUUUAUUGGAAUUGCAGUUGUAACAAAGGGUUGCUCAUGACUUCCAGUAUGACCCCCAAUAUGUUGUACUUCACAAGGAGUUCAUAACAGUAAAUGUGUGUAUAUCCUUUCACCCUCCCACCCACCCUGCCCCCCUACCCCUCACCCCCAAAAUAAAUAAAAAAUAAAAAAAUCCUUCUAGAACAUUCACUGUUUCUCCCGGGACACAUUGUAUCAUCUAUUGAAGAUAAUUUUGAUACCCAGUGCUAAGCUUUAACAAUGUGCAUUGCACUGAUCGAUUAAGCUGUGGUUUCAUAACAAUUCAUAUACAGUGUGCCCCGUAUGAGUGAGUUGCAGACAAUGUGAGAACACAUUUAAAGAACCUCUUCCUUUUAUCUGCUGUUGUGUACCAUACACACUUGAAGAUAAUCAUUAUUGUCGUAUUUUUUGAACCUCGUUCGUCAAUAGUAGUGAUCGAUCUGUUAGUAUGAACAAUUUUCCCACACUUUGCUUUGUAAAACCAAGAACAUCUACAUUAGAGCUUCUAGCAGGGAAAUCCGCCAGUUAUCAGUAUCAAAUAAAUACAAUAUUUGAGAAAUUGUUCAUCAAAGCAUUGUUACAUCAGUGCAUAAUGUGGAGAAACACCAGAGAGAGAGAGAGAAGAGAGAGAGAGAGAGAGAGAGAGAGAGAGAGAGAGAGAGAGAGAGAAUGGAAAAAUGAUUUUGUCUUAUCUAAUGCAACAUGUCAGCACACAUUGGCUUCAAUUGCAGAAAUGAACCAAUGAGGAUUGUUUGGUGACUAAUACCUACCAUCCGAUGGGAAAACGGUUGACUAUUUGAAAAAUGGCCCUUGUGCUCAGUGCAACAGUACAUUGUAUCUGGUCAAAUGACGCAAAGGUUGAAUCUAUUGCACAGUGUCAUUGUUGGACAGGUUCCAUAUAGUUAUUUUCCAACCAUUUGAAAUUGUAAUGAAAUGGCAGCUGAUUACUGCACUGCUGCCUAAUGUUUGAAGGUAAAGCAUUCAAGGCAUGUCUGUAUAUUAAAAAAGGUUUGUACUCAGUCAAACUGAGCUCUUGGAAUGCUGAGAGACCAAGGAAAAAUUGCUAUUGCAUUACUUUCAUUGCUGUGCUUUGGCAAGCAUUGCUCAGAAAGAAACACAAAAUUUUAGUGUUGAGGUUACAUCCUGGAGCAGUGGAAAAGUGUUUAGCACAAUUUUCAGUACUUGCAGUAUUCACACUUUUAUAUGUAAUAAGUUGGACAGUAUCCUUUAGUGUUUAACUAAUUUAAUCGCCUUUUGUUAAGUCCAGACUUCAAGUUUUGACAGAUUGUGAUAAAAUAAAUAAUUUGUAUAGCUUUAUAAAGAGAAUUAUUAAUGUGAUAAAAAUACAAAAAUAGUGCACAUAUUAGACACCUCUCUUUAGAAGAGAGAACUCUUAAAUCUCUUUGCAAUUGUAAUUUGAAUUAGUAACGAAUGGGGAGAGAGAGAGACAGGUGUUUAAAAUAUUAAAUUUGUGUGACUUGUGGAUUAUGCUUUUCCAAGACAGGAAAGUAUGAUUGUGCUAGUCAAAGAGUCUUUCGAUCAGUGUGGUGGUUUAGAUGCCAAUGUAGACUUGAAGAAACUGUGCCAGUUUUAUUGUUGUAAAUAAAAGUUGGUAUAAAUUGUAUAUUUCUUCAGAAAUAGCAGAUAACAUAUAAGAAAGUAAAUGUUGGAAUGAAAUUAACAUAUUCAAAUUUUAAAGAGUAAUAAAUGAGUAUGUUAAUAUUUUUCAAAUCUGAUGCUAAAUCAUCAGCUUUUAUUUAAUAUGUUCAAUUUUAUGAACACCUUAUAUAGAGUUAGCACACAACUCACAUCCUUGUAGUAUACAGUAAAGCUAAGUUCAAUAGUGGAUUAUGUGAUGGUGAUGGGUAGAUACCUAGUGCUGCUCUCACUGUAUGUUGUCAUGUGAUAAUCAGCUUUUUUCCAUACUCUUGUUACAUUAAUUGUAGACUAACAAAUAUUCUAGUCUGUCUGUGAAGUAUUUGUUAUUGUUGUUAGUUACCAUAAAAAUAAAAUAAAAAAUUACAAAUAAAAUCA